CCUAUUUCCAAUUCAAGUGGCUCAGAUAUCGCCAUAAAUGAGCAGAUCAAAAGACAGCCUUGACUCGACCUCGAGUCGAAUCUCGAAGAGCCAGCUCUUCCCGCUCGCCCACCCUCCGCCGAAAUCCAAGUCCGCACCGAACAAGUCGCCGCGUCUCCGUCUUUCCUCACGGCUGGUCUUGCAGAUCCAGCAAUCGUCCCAAUCCCGUGCGAUCCCGAUUCUGGAGCUCUACCAGCCGUCCACAUUUGGGAAAUCGAUUGCGCUGCCAGAUGGGAGCAGGAAGGUGCAUGGGCGGGAUAUGUAUGUGACUCAGAGCGAGAUGUAUACGCACCUCAAACGGCCAAGAAAGAGAGAUGCGGUGGAUGGGUACGGAACUGGGUAUGGACAUGGGUAUGGAAAUGCGUAUGGGCAUACGACGAAACCGCGCUCGGGGUCUGGAGGGUCACGCUCAGUGUCUGGGUCAGCGUAUAGCUCGGCAGCCAGCAGUCGUCCCAAGUCGAGAUCCAGCGGGGCCAGUUCAGGCGAUGAGGGUCAGGGCGAGUGCAAGGCCAAGUUCAGGGCUAGACGGAAGAGCGGAAACGAUGCCGACGGCGAACAAGACGAUGUCGUCGCGAUGAUACAUACCUCACCCAAGUCAACGGCCGCAGACGCACAACUCUUCUUUCCCCAGAACAACCAGACCUGGGAAACGACCUCGUCCAGGCCCGGGUAUUAUCGAUUCCAGAGCGAUGGGAGCUCGGUAGUAUUCGAAUGGGAGAAACGCCCUCCCUCGCGCUCGCAUCCUUCUAGUGCCGCGGAGAAUGAUGACGGUGAGAGGUUUGUCCUCAGUGUGAGUGUUUCAGAACCGACGUCAUCGCACACCAAGAGGCCUUGGCUGGCGCAACUGUCUAAGCGAGGCGUCCAUGUGGGUGGACUAGAACCGUGGCGAGACGAGCCGGGGCUUCGGGCGUUGAUCGACGGCGUUGGCGACGGCGCCGGCGCUGGGGGCUCGGGCGCAGGCGCGGGGCUGUACACGCUCAUUCUGACGAUGGGCGUGUGGGUUGCGAAGGGUGAGGGAUGGGUCAACUGA